CCUAUUAAAGUAAACAAAGCGGAAGGUUGAGCUUCACAGUGAGGUUUUGAGGCUGUCCCCUCUUCGGUCUGGAAACUGGAAAGUUUUAGUUUUACUGUUGAUUGUGUAAAUUGCAAUGCGAUGUCAUCCAUUCUCCCGUUCACCAGCAGCUUACUGGGAGCAUCCAGGCGGCUCAUGUGGAGAAGUGCUCCCGGUCUCCCUCCGCUGCUCAGACUGACCCCGCCUGCACCCUCAUGGGUUGUGGCUUUUGGUAAGAAGGACCUGCCUGAUCUCCCAGUCCUGUUGGAGGAAGAGCUGGAAGAGCAGUUCGUGAGGGGAUCCGGGCCAGGAGGACAAGCUACUAACAAAACCAGCAACUGUGUAGUGCUCAAACACAUCCCCACCGGGAUUGUAGUAAAGUGUCAUCAGACCAGAUCUGUGGAUAUAAACCGAAUGCGUGCCCGGGAUAUAAUGAGGGAGAAACUUGAUGUGGCGUAUAAGGGUGAACUCAGUGAGUUGGUGGUGAAGAAGAAAGAAUCUGUGUUGAGGAAACAAGAAAAACGGAAGAGAGUGAAUGAGAAUUUGGAGAAGAAAAAACUGUUUAAAGAAUCCUUGGCCGUAGACAAUAAACCUGGAGAUGACACCGCUUAAAAUGUUUGUGUGGAUAAUCCAUUGUAGGGGUGCACCGAUUUAUUGGCCAGCUGAUUUAUUGACCCCGAGCUUCUUAAUUUUAGGAAAUCUGUGAUCGGCUGAUACUUGUAUUUGAAGUCUGUCUUAUCCACUGAUCUUAUUUGCCUCAGCAAAUGUCUAAAAAUCAACUACUGUCGUCUGUUGCUCUCUAAUAUAAGAGAGGGUUGACUGAUAGAUUAGCCCACCAGGUCAUGUCUGCAUGUUUGCAGUUAACAAUAGUCACCCCACUGUUGCCACCUGAGCUACUUUUUUGCUAUAUUUAGCGACAUCAGCCAGAUGAAGCAUUUUAAAGAUCAGUAAUCUGCGAUCAGCCAGAAAACUCCAAUCGGUGGACCCCUAGUCCAUUGUAAUCUUGAAAUAAACAGUUUAUUCCUUCUGAAAAUUGUA